GUGCCCUUCUCCAACCCCUGUUGCACUUCUGAAACCUUCCGUACCCCCUUUCCCUCGUUCUCGCCUCGACCUCACUCCCCCUGGCUUGGACAGCAUCCCCGCUCUACCCUCCGCCCACGCACCGCCUGACUCCGAGGGGUGCGAGCGCAUUGGGCUGCGCCCGCGUGGGGGCGCCUCGCCAGCUUCGCGUAGCUGUUCUGACGCCGCCGUCGCCGCCGCCCUCCGCAUCCCAGCCGGCUCCCGCGCCAGCUCUGCAGUGUACUCGUUGCCUCUCGGGCCGGUCCCACCGAGAGCCAGCCUAUCGCGCCCGGUGGCAGCUUCGAACGCCCGGCGCGAGGGUCAUGAGCCAGAGCGCCCUGGGGCGCCGCGCCAAGAGCCAGCAGAGAUAGCGGCCCUCGCCGCCUUGACGCGCGCCAGCCGCGUCCCCAGACCCUUCUGUCCUUUCCUCUCGCCCGGCCGCCGCCAUGGCCACCCUGCUCCGCAGCAAGCUGACCAAUGUGGCCACGUCAGUCUCCAACAAGUCCCAGGCCAAGGUGAGCGGCAUGUUUGCCAGGAUGGGGUUUCAGGCGGCCACGGAUGAGGAGGCGGUGGGAUUCGCGCACUGCGACGACCUCGACUUUGAGCAUCGCCAGGGCCUGCAGAUGGACAUCCUGAAAUCGGAGGGCGAGCCCUGCGGGGAUGAGGGCGCUGAACCACCCGUCGAGGGAGACAUCCAUUAUCAGCGCGGCGGCGCUCCCCUGCCACCCUCAGGCUCCAAGGACCAGGCCAUGGGAGCUGGUGGCGAGUUUGGGGGUCAGGACAAGCCCAAGAUCACGGCGUGGGAGGCGGGCUGGAACGUGACAAACGCCAUUCAGGGCAUGUUCGUGCUUGGCCUACCCUACGCCAUCCUCCACGGAGGCUACCUGGGCUUGUUUCUCAUCAUUUUCGCCGCAGUGGUGUGCUGCUACACCGGCAAGAUCCUCAUCGCCUGCCUGUAUGAAGAGAACGAAGAUGGCGAGGUGGUGCGCGUGAGAGACUCCUAUGUGGCCAUAGCUAACGCGUGCUGCGCUCCUCGCUUCCCCACGCUGGGCGGCCGCGUGGUCAAUGUGGCGCAGAUCAUCGAGCUGGUGAUGACAUGCAUCUUGUACGUGGUGGUGAGCGGCAACCUCAUGUACAACAGCUUCCCGGGGCUGCCCGUGUCGCAGAAGUCCUGGUCCAUCAUCGCCACGGCGGUGCUGUUGCCCUGUGCCUUCCUGAAGAACCUCAAGGCCGUGUCCAAGUUCAGUCUGCUGUGCACGCUGGCCCACUUCGUCAUCAACAUCCUGGUUAUCGCUUACUGUCUCUCUCGCGCGCGUGACUGGGCCUGGGAGAAGGUUAAGUUCUAUAUCGACGUCAAGAAGUUUCCCAUCUCCAUCGGCAUCAUCGUGUUCAGCUACACGUCGCAGAUCUUCCUGCCCUCGCUCGAAGGCAACAUGCAACAGCCCAGCGAAUUCCACUGUAUGAUGAACUGGACGCACAUCGCCGCCUGCGUGCUCAAGGGUCUCUUCGCGCUCGUCGCCUACCUCACCUGGGCCGAUGAGACCAAGGAGGUCAUCACGGAUAACCUGCCCGGCUCCAUCCGCGCCGUUGUCAACCUCUUCCUGGUAGCCAAGGCGCUCCUGUCCUACCCGCUGCCCUUCUUCGCGGCCGUCGAAGUGCUGGAGAAGUCACUCUUCCAGGAAGGCAGCCGAGCCUUCUUCCCGGCCUGCUACGGAGGUGACGGUCGCCUCAAGUCCUGGGGGCUGACGCUGCGCUGCGCCCUGGUCGUCUUCACACUGCUCAUGGCCAUCUACGUGCCGCAUUUCGCGCUGCUCAUGGGCCUCACGGGCAGCCUCACCGGAGCUGGCCUCUGCUUCCUGCUGCCCAGUCUCUUCCACCUGCGCCUGCUCUGGCGCAAGCUGCUGUGGCACCAGGUCUUCUUCGAUGUGGCCAUCUUCGUCAUUGGCGGCAUCUGCAGCGUGUCGGGCUUCGUGCAUUCACUCGAGGGCCUCAUCGAGGCCUACCGAACCAACGCAGAGGACUAGGGGCCGGGGAUCCUGCCCCCAGCUCCCGCCCAACCCACCCCCUCCCUCGCCCCCUCAAUCUUAACCCUCCCUUCACCAGCCCCGUGUACGGCCGCGCUAGGGAGGCCGAGCUUUAAACACCUCCGGUUCCUAGUUGCUGAUUAUUCGGGGACGGGGUGGGGGAGGGAGGGAUAGACAUUCAAGGUCCACUGCGUCUGC